GAGACUUUCAGUUUCCUUCAUCCCUGGACUGGGCUAAAGGACGAUACAGGACUUUCUGAACACUGAAAGAGCAGGGAAGGGCUGUCAGGUGCUGGGAUGAUGGCUCUGCGUGCUUGGGUGCUUGGGGUAAUCUGGGGCCAUCCAGAUACUUUAAUACCCAGAAAACUGUAGGUAGUGAGCGAGCAAGUCGGAGAGAACCAGGAUCCUAAGGAGAGAGGAUCUGAAGAGCUGAGGGAGGGAAGAUCUAGCGGCACAAGGUAGGACGGGGUCCAAGUAAAGUUUCUGAUAGCCCAGCGAAACUGGCAACAGGGCAGAGGUGGCUCAGGUAAGAAAAGCCCACAAGAGCUCUUCGGGCAAAGGCACCUGAGGUUGGGCGCGCGGAGGGAAGGGCGCGCGCCGGGCAAAUGGAGCUCCCGCGGCCGAGGGACGCGCGGCAGCGCAGGGAUUGGCGGGUGCUCCGGGGCCCCCGCGCACUUCUUAGGCGGAGCGGCUGAGCCGAGCGUGUGCGCGCGCGACCCCAGCCCGCCUCUUGGUCCUUGGCUCAGCGCUCCGCUGCUCUCCACCGCAUUCCGCUGCACGGGGUGGGCACCCCGAGACAUGAACGCACCGGCAACUCUACCUCCGGGGGUCGAGGACACCACCUGGACCCCUGGGAUCAACGCCAGCUGGGCUCCGGACGAGGAGGAGGAGGAUGCGAUGGGGUCCGACGGCACAGGGACAGCGGGCAUGGUCACUAUCCAGUGCAUCUAUGCGCUCGUGUGUCUGGUGGGCCUGGUGGGAAACGCCCUGGUCAUCUUCGUGAUCCUACGCUAUGCCAAGAUGAAGACAGCCACCAACAUCUACCUACUCAACCUGGCCGUCGCCGAUGAGCUCUUCAUGCUCAGCGUGCCAUUCGUGGCCUCGGCGGCUGCCCUGCGCCACUGGCCGUUCGGGGCGGUACUGUGCCGCGCAGUGCUUAGCGUGGACGGCCUGAACAUGUUCACUAGUGUCUUCUGCCUCACCGUGCUCAGCGUGGACCGCUAUGUGGCUGUUGUGCACCCUCUGCGCGCCGCCACCUACCGGCGGCCCAGCGUGGCCAAGCUAAUCAACCUGGGAGUGUGGCUAGCAUCCUUGCUGGUCACUCUGCCCAUCGCAGUCUUCGCUGACACCAGGCCAGCUCGUGGGGGCGAGGCCGUGGCUUGCAACCUGCACUGGCCUCACCCGGCCUGGUCUGCGGUCUUUGUGAUCUAUACUUUUUUGUUGGGCUUCCUACUCCCGGUUCUGGCCAUCGGAUUAUGCUACCUGCUUAUUGUGGGCAAGAUGCGUGCUGUGGCCCUGCGGGCUGGCUGGCAACAACGGAGGCGCUCAGAGAAGAAGAUCACUAGGCUCGUGCUAAUGGUGGUGACCGUCUUUGUGCUAUGCUGGAUGCCGUUCUAUGUGGUGCAGCUUCUGAACCUGUUUGUCACCAGCCUCGAUGCCACUGUCAACCAUGUGUCCCUCAUCCUGAGCUAUGCCAACAGCUGUGCUAACCCCAUUCUCUAUGGCUUCCUCUCUGACAACUUCCGGCGCUCUUUCCAGCGGGUUCUGUGCCUGCGCUGCUGUCUCCUGGAAACAACUGGAGGUGCUGAGGAAGAGCCCCUGGACUACUAUGCCACUGCUCUCAAAAGCAGAGGGGGUGCAGGAUGCAUAUGCCCUCCUCUGCCCUGCCAGCAGGAGCCCGUGCAAGCAGAACCUGGCUGCAAGCAAGUCCCUUUCACCAAGACCACUACUUUCUGAAAACCAUUUUACCCUCCCUCACCUCACCUGCAAACAGGUCUGCGCCACUCUCUCAAGCCAGCAACUUCAAGAACAACUCCUGUUUUCACUAAGCCAGGCCCUUUCUGCAGCCUGUGUGCUGUCCCCAGGAGCCUCGGGACUCCUGCUAGCCCCUCCCUCUCCUAGGACUGACUCCAAGGACACCUCCAUGGGGGUAGGACUGCCCUGGGAUUUGGGCUAAAGUACCAUCCAUUCCUGGGCCUCUGGAAAAGUUUUCAAGAGGUGGGAAGCAGGUGGUGGUCAGAAAGGGGUGUCUAGCCUUGUGUGACUUGUGACAGUGACUGCUUGAAAGAGCCCUUGGGAGGCUGAGGUAGGCAGAGCCUGUGCUCCGUGUAGGCUCUUUGCUGUAUGGUAGCAUAGUGUGUAUGGUGAGACAAGGGAGAAGAUAUGAUACCUCCAAGUGGUUUCCCUCUCUGUCGGUCUGAGGCUCUCGUUGCUAAGUGAGAUGUCUAUGCAACAGACGAGGGCACUUGCACUGUCACUCUACAAGUGUUUUCCAGUUGUCAAAGGGCCAGUAGAGACUUCCUGUGAAUGUGAAAGACUUAAAGAAGCAUGAUGUGGGGCGGUUUUGCAAGGCAUAAAACUUCUGGUCAGGAAUUCAAAGGCAGAAAGGAUUAAAAUCUCAUCAGCUGCAAUUUUUUUCCACCCCUGUCGCUGAUUGCAGGAAUAUGAAACUCCAUUAAAACCCGAGCUAUGCUAUGAGGGGGAAGGUAUAGGAAAAAGACCAGAGAACUAGGUGGAGGGGAAACAGACUCUGUUUUGACAUCAGAUGAUGACCACAGUGAAAAGCCAUUCCUGUGCCUUGUAAGUUAACCACAGCUUCAGUGAUACUUCCCCUGAGGAAGAUUCACAGCCUGUAAGAGCUUUACUUCGGCUAAAGCGGUGGAGGGAACCCAGCUUAUGCAGCAUUUGGGUGAGAAGUGGCUGAUUACAGCCCAGAUCAAUACAGCAAAAAAAAAAAAAAGCCCUGCCGAGUUCUACUGAGCCAUCGCUGGUGGUGCUAGAACAACAAGUCAAGAGGGGGAGGAGGAGGCACAGGGCAGUCAUCUGGGCAGUCCCCACAGCUGCCUGGCAAGGGAGAGUGUUCUUUAAAAGAAAACACCUGGAUCCUAUCAGCCUAGAAAACAUAGCUCUGUGUCUUCAAGGGCAGUCAGCAUGAGUUCUAGCUGUUGGGAGGCUAAUGGGGAUCCAGACUGAACUAGGAAGCAGAGUGGGGCCUGAGGGAAUGCUCCACCACCCUGUGGGUUACAGUCAAUCUCUGAAACCCUGGGAGAAGCAGGAGGUGACCUUUUUCUGGGCUUCUUGCCCAGAGCCAUGACUUGUAUGACAGUAGCAGCUGCCUGGUAUGUGGGAAAUGGACAAGAAGGCUGAAUUCUGGUCCCAGGCACAAAUGUCUUAAAACCCAAGCAGGUCACUCAGGCCAGGUCUUCAGAAUUUUUGCCUGGAAAAAAAAAAUCAACUGAUCCUUGUUGUUUGGCAACUCUUUAGUUGAUCCAGUGUUUUCUGUUGUUUUAGCCAUUGUUGUUCUGUGGCUGUUGAGACAGGAUCUCAUGUAACACCAGCUAGCCAUCAAUUCACUACAUGGUAGCCGAGGAUGAACUUAAAACUUAGGAUCCUCCUACCUCUACCCCCUGAGUGUUGGGAUUAUUUUGUUCAGCACCAUGCCUGUUCAAUGUUAGGGAUAAAACUCAGAGCCUCAUGGAGGCUAGGCAGGCACUCUACCAACUGAGCUAUAUCCCCAGUCCCACAUGGUGACUCUUAGCAGCUAAGACUGGAGAUUCCAACUUCCUCAGUAGCAGUAGAAAAGAGAAAGUUUAGUGUGUGGACAUAGACCUGUUGCAUUCUCACUUUCUGAAAUAGUCAGCCAGCUAGAUGGCCUGAUAGUGACAACUGGUAUUGAUUGUGGGUGUCUCAAGGGUGGUGCAGGAGUAUGUGGAAGUCAUCAGAGUCUGUUACUCAAUUGAUCUUGACUUACCUAUGAGAAAACGGCAUAGCCAGGUCUCUUCUGUAUCAAAGGCCAUGGCUAUGGGUUGGGAAGCUCUAAAUAGAGUGCUGACCUCUUUGUCUCCACUAGCAUGAAUACAAAUAUACUCACGCACAUGCACAGACCAUUCCUACCUAGUCAUUACUUCUCACAGUCACCCUGAGCAUUCAGAAAAAGUCAGUUUCACAUCUAUAGGUCUUAUGUCUAUAACAGCAACUUCUUGCAGUUUUGUUUUGUUUUGUUUUUUAUUAUUAUUAAAUUGUUUCUUUGUCCCUGGUGCCUGGCAAAGUAGAUAUCUGAUAGUUUUGAACUUCACUGCAAGGAUCAUAUAGUGGAAACUUUUGGCCUUAGCAAUAGUUGCAGUAGUUUGAGUGAGUCUGGAGUUUAUGUUUUCAGCCUUCUAAUGACUCACCCGGGCCCCAAGACAUGUUUGUUCGUUGGAAAAAGACAAAUUCCAUUUUUUUUUAAAAUGCAAGCUUUUAACAGAGAUUAAUCAUGGCUGAAAGGCUAAUAGCUUCAAGCUGGAAAAGUCACCAAUAAUAACAGAAAACAUUAGCUUUAGCUAGCCCAAGAGAAGUAAUUUUGGCUUUCUCACCUCAGUUUCCCACUCUUUUUCUUUUCUCCAUUAAUUAACUUAUUUAUUCAUUUUGCAUCCUGAUUUGCCCACUCUUAAUAUAUGUAUAAGUGGAAGGCUUGAGUUCCUAGCUCUUCUGUUGUGUCUGUUGUUUCUGAAUGCAGAAAAAUUGGACUUUGAAACACUUGUCUGAUAGGAGAACCUGUGAGCACAGAUGUCAUAAUCCUGAAGCUGUGUUUGCUGAGACAACUCUACUGUGUUAGUCAGCACUGUGGCCCAAAAUUCUGUUCCGUGGGUCCAUGUGCUGGGAUAUGUGUGUAUUCAGUGACAGGGCGCUAAGGGUUUCUUUCAGUGAUUCAACCAGCUUCCAGACAACAUGGUGAGUCUGUACAGUAUGGAACCUGGAAAUAAUUGGCAAAGAUGGCUAUUAAUUAAAUAACCAUACAAACAAAGGUGUGAUUCAAUUCAAAGCUAAGCUAAUACCAUGACUAGAGAUGUACCUUUAUGGUAGAGUGUUUGCAUGUGCAAAGUCCAAAAAAACGUGCAUGUGCUCUCACAUGAGUGAGUAGACUGACUCUCUCUCUCUCUCUCUCUCUCUGUCUCUCUCUCUCUCUCUCUCACACACACACA